AGAAAUGUCCACAAUAUAGUUUUGGCUGGCCAGUGAUGCGCCCGUGAGGCAAAGCUUAGUGGACAUACUGACUGUAAUCCAGAUAAGUGUGGUUGUUUGUAAGUGCUACGACAAGCUACGAAACCUACUACGCCUUCACCGAAAGCUCAAGACCUUAUGUGCGGUCGGUGACGUCAGGGAGAAGCCAUCAAGAAGAUGAAGCCCCGGGGGGCGAGCGUCAUGCACGCCUUCACUGCCCUGACUAUGCUGACAAUGGCCAACGCGCAAACAACAUGCAACCAAGGAAUGGGACGAGUUAUGUACGAAAGAUUACCAAAUCAGCAGCUGCACGGGUUCGACGAUGAUGUUAUACGUGAAACUGCACCUCCAUUUAGAGUGCUAGAAAAAUGCCAAGACCUAUGUCUACGAGAUCGUUCUGGCAACAGUCUGGUCAGGACCUGCAACUCCAUAGACUUCCAGCCGGGAGCGCGUAUCGCAGCAUUCAGCCCUGAACCGGAGUACGAGGAGUCCACGUGCUAUCUGACGAGGGAACAAGCGGCGCCGGAGGGCAUUGGCACUCUCAUGAUCGUGCCAAACAGCGUGCAUUUUAAUGAAAUUUGCCUCACGUCCAAUCGUCCCGAGCGAGAGUGUCCAUCUCGUCGCUAUGUUUUCGAACGCCACGCCCGAAAGCGCCUGAAGCUUCCACCUUCCGAUCUCAAAGAAAUCAUGGUCACCAAUAGAACAGAGUGCGAGGACAAAUGUCUUGGAGAGUUCAGUUUCGUAUGCCGAUCGGCGACGUACGACUCGGCUUUACGAACAUGUUCGCUGAGCCGAUUCACUAGGAGGACUCACCCGGAGCUUUUGGAAGACGACCACAAUGCUGACUAUUUGGAGAACACUUGUCUGAAUGCUGAACGCCGCUGUGACGGUCUAGCUGUAUUUAUAAAAGAGGAAAACAAAAGACUCGGAGGUCCUUUCGAAGCGGAUGUCUUUUCCAAUAUGACGCUGGACGAAUGCCAAUCUAUGUGCGUUCGCGCUGAGAAAUACUUCUGUCGCUCCAUUGAACACGAUGCUAUGACGAAGCAAUGCGUACUCUCCGAAGAAGAUUCGGUGUCACAGAAAGACGACGUGACAGUCAGCGCAUCGCCUACCCACCAUUUCUACGAUCUUGUUUGUUUGGACAAUCUCUCCCAUCGGGUGACAGCUCGCGGGACCGAGUACCCGGACAACAGCGUGACGUCACACCUGUUCUCGCCCGGACGGCGGCCGGACACCGCCUUCCAGAGGUACCGGAACAGCCGGAUCACGGGGGAGUUCCAUUCAGAAAUCACCGGACGCUCCCUUAGCGAGUGUUUGGACGAAUGUCUGAGGCAAACAAGUUUCCAAUGCAGGUCCGCGGUGUACAGCGACCGUGCAAGGACUUGCAGACUCAGCAGAUACAACCAGAAGGACGGCAUGCGACUACUGUAUGAUCCAGACUUCGAUUACUACGAAAAUCUUAUGCAUCAGCUAGUAAGUGGAGAAACCGAGGCAGGGGGAUCGACAGGAGGAUCCAAAUCGUCUUGGGGGUCUAAUUCAUCAGGUGGUAGUAAAGGGGGAGAUCGGGACAGAUACCCAGCUGACGUGGAUCGUUACCCCGAUGACGACCGGUACUAUGAAGACGAUCGUUACCCAUCACGGCCUGACCGGUACCCAGAUGACCGGUAUCCGGUCGGCCCAGAACCUUACCCUGAUAGAUAUCCCGGUGAUCGGGACCGGUAUCCAGCUGACAGAUAUCCGGACGAUAGAUACCCUCCUGGCGUAGGAUCAGAUCGUUAUCCAAUCGAUCGUUUCCCUCCACCGAUCGAUCGGUAUCCUCCAGGUGUAGAUAACAGACUCCCAGCAUACCCAGGUGGCAGAUAUCCAGCAGGAGACCGAUACCCAAUUGACGGAGGACGGUUUCCUUACGACCCACCAAACGACAUUGGUGGCAGAUAUCCAACUUCAGAUCGGUACCCUGUCAGUCGAUAUCCUAUUGACGUUUACCCUGACAGAUAUCCGGCAGACCGGUACCCAGCUGACAGGUAUCCGGUACCAGACAGGAGGCCAAUGAGACCAUGGUCUAGCAGAUAUCCUGACAGAUACGAUCAGGACCGAUACUCUGGCUCUAAUGAUUGGGGCAGGUACCCAUUCAGUCAGUAUCCUGUGGGUGUGAAUAGAGAUCCUGGACCUUUGGGUGGUGAUCGUUAUCCCGAUAUGUAUGAUAAAUAUCCGCCGACCGGAUCAUCAUAUCCUGGUUAUGGUCGAGGUGGCUACUAUGGUCAAGACUACCCAGUUGGGGACAGAUUCCCAGCCGGAGAUCGAUAUCCACCAGAUCGAGGAGUUCGUCCUGGCACUGAUAGAUAUCCUGUGGACCCGAGACCUCCAUUUGGAUCAAGAAGACCUGUAGAAAGACCAGGUGGUUAUCGUGGAAGCUAUCCACCAGUGGGAUUAGAUAGACCUUUAGGAGGAGGCGGUUACGGUGGUUAUGAACCAGAUGGACCCAUAGGUCCCGUUGGAAUUCCAGUAAAUCCUCCAGUUGGUGGUGGUGGAGGUGUUAUCAGUGGUCAUAUUGGAGGACCGAUUGGAGGUCCAAUUGGUGGACCGAUAGGCGGACCGAUUGGUGGACCUAUUGGAGGGCCAAUUGGUGGUAGACCUCCCAUUGGUCAACGACCAUGGCAAGGCUCGAGAUGUGAAGACGAUAGCUUUAGACAAGUAGGCAGGCAACGCAUGCAACGGCGAUUCGUACGCCGAUUUACAACUGCUCAAUCUCUGGCACAUUGCCAACGAGAGUGUAUUGAAGCUCGCGAUUUCAUUUGUCGGUCGUUCAACUACAGGGAUGUAGGUUACGGUGCUGAGCCACGUGACAAUUGUGAACUGAGCGACCGUGAUACACGAGAAUUAGAUGCAGCCAACCCAGCGCAUUUUGAUAAUACAGCAAAUGAAUACGAUUUUUACGAAAGGGCACUUGGUCGGAACGCUGACGAUUGUUUAGACGUAUCACAAGUAUGUAACGAGGAUGGAAUGGAGUUCACUCUACGACUACCCGAAGGCUUCUAUGGACGCAUGUACACUUAUGGCUUCUAUGACCGAUGUUUCUUCCGUGGCAAUGGAGGCGUUAACAAUGUUUUGCGCAUCACUGGAGCUCAUGGCUACCCUGAGUGUGGUACCCAACGGUACGGUGAUACGAUGACGAACAUUGUCGUCGUGCAAUUUAGUGACAAUGUUCAGACAUCGAGAGAUAAACGGUUCAAUCUGACCUGCUUAUUUAGAGGACCCGCUGAGGCUGUUGUCACUUCAAAUUACAUUGGAGCUGGGUCUGGAAGUCCGAUACCGAUAGAGUAUUUGCCCGAGGAGAGUUCGUUGAACUCGAAGGUCAGAUUGCUAAUCCUGUAUCAAGGCAGACCGACUACGACAAUCGCUGUGGGAGAUCCUUUGACAUUUAGACUUGAAGCACAGGAUGGAUAUAAUUAUGCCACGGACAUAUUUGCAACGAAUGUGAUCGCCAGAGAUCCUUAUUCUGGGAGAUCAGUGCAACUCAUAGAUAGAGUCGGAUGCCCAGUCGACCCGGAUGUUUUCCCAGAAUUAGACAAAGGACGCAACAGUGACUCGCUAGAAGCUAGGUUCAACGCAUUCAAGAUUCCCGAAUCUAAUUUCUUAGUAUUUGAAGCUACCGUCAGAACUUGCAGAGAUGGAUGCCAACCUGCAUACUGCCCAAGUCAUACCGGACGAUCUGAACCAUCAUUCGGUCGUCGGCGAAGAGAUGUCAACUCAACCGUUGAAGCUGAUAGGAAUAACACAACUGAAACUGCGAAAUCUGAAGAAGAUACAAAGAAUAAAACGGAUAACAAGAGCGAGGCUUCCGUAUACAAAGUGUCUUACGAAGAGGCAACCGUUGAUAAAUAUCUAAAGAAUGACGUCGAAACUCCAAGUCAUGUUAGGAAGAUGAUCGAGGUGUUCGACAACCGCAACGAGUUGCUAGAAGAAAACGGUCCGACAGCCGACUCAGCUCCCAUUGUGGCUGCAGUCGGUGUGUGUGUGUCACCGUACCAUUAUCGGGCUCUACUGGUCGCGCUGUGUGUGUUACUGUCCCUUCUGCUGGCCAUGUUGACAGCUGCACUGUAUAUUUAUAAGAGGUAUUGGCGCGUUCUACGUAAGAACAUCGAAGUGACAUCGGCGCCCAUGCACCGGGCAGCUGCGCCGGCGCCGCGCCCCACGCGACCGUCGCUCUUCUCCGCCUCACAUCUGCACAAGCCUUUCUCUUUAAGUGGACUGGGCAGAAAUUUCUCCGAAGGCGAGGAAGCUGGUUCGUCGGGACGAUUGGCGAACGCAUUCGACGACGGCAGUGAACCAAUAUACACUGACCCCUCACUGUUCGAACGGUCUAGGUCUCUGCGGUCGCUGCAUUCACUGGACCUGAAACCCGACCGACGCGACCAUCGUGCAUGAAAACAUGAACUACCGUCAUUUUAAAUGUAUGCUCGCAUUAUGAAAUAUUACCGCGCGAAGUUAAUUGUGUCUCCUACAAUAGGUACCUAUUAAAAACAUUUAAAAUAACGACAGUGACUGUAAUCUUAAUUUCAAUCAAAAGUUGUAAUUUAAAUUAAAGAAAGAUUUAAAAAGCAAAUUACCAAAAGUCUAAUAAUAUCUAUCUAUAGGUAACUAUUCCCAUAUUAGUAGAAUAUAAUUUAAACUAAAAAACACUUAAACAUUAACUGGACUUAUGGAGACGUGAAUUAAAAUCUAUUAAAUUCUUUAUUAGGCGUCCUCAUAGGCUUGGAAUAUUAUGGCAGUGGCGUGUACCUACAGGGUAGGGUAGGGUGCUUAACUAAGGUAUGCACUAUAUUUCCUUUUCCAAAGCAGGUUCGUAAUGACUUACGCUCCUAAACUUACUAAAUAAUAUAAAUGCGAAAGGUCAUUCAUCACGAAAUCUCGAAAACUACUUGACGUACCUACAGAGAUAAAAUAAAAGUUUGGCAGAGAGGAGCUCAAAUUUAGUAGAAGUCCGCUAAGAACGAAUUUUGCAAGAAGGCCGAAUUAAGGAGGUCUUAGGGCGGACGAAGUCGCGGGCGUCCAUUAAUAUAUUGUAUCUAACGGGUCGAGUUAAGCUUCGGUAAUAACAGUUACGGCGUCAAUACAGAGUUUUUACUUGCUUAACAAUACAGCAUUUAAGGAUACUUUUUUGAAGGAGGAAUAAUGUAGGUACCUAUGUAAUUUCAAAAUAACUGUGUGUUUUCAAGUGCCUAUAGCUAUUUAUACGAUACUAAAACAUAAUCAAGCUCUUUUUAAAACUUUCGUUAGUCUAUCUUUCUGUUUGCCCAGGAUAAUCUCCGGAACGGAUAGACCGAUUUUAAUCGGACAUUUACUGGAAGUUAAUGAAUCCCUGUUCAUUAAGUUUAAUUAAUUUUACUUUUGUUUCGCGCGGAAAUAUUUCAAUAGGUGAGUAGGAUAUACUAACUUUGAUAAUAAAAUUCUACAUUCUUCACUAACUAAAUAAGUCUUGACUGCCUUAAUGUGCUCAGUUUCUAAUUGGCCCAAAGAUCUUAAUUAGAUUUAUAAUAUUUUUUAUUUAAUUUUCUAAUUCUAUUCUAUCUUUAAAGAUUUUAUUGUAAGUCAGUAUGUACUAAUAAAUAAAAAUAUUUUACAGUGA